AACCAGUCGCUGGAUGGUCAAAAACAAACCGCCUGGCUGCCAAUCACAGGCUGUUCGCCCAGGAUUUUUGGCCUUUCCUUGACCCAAAGUGGUCCUCGUCAAGUUGUGUUUCGAGCGAUUCGACCCGAUUUCGCCAUGGACGCCCCAGCCAAAUGGCACGAGAAUGACUGGGAUGCGGUGUUCGCUGGCAAGGCGGUGGCCCAGAGGUAUUAUCUCCGCAGUGGGCUUGUGCGAAAGGAUCGGCUGCUGCACUUUGUGCCCUCGAAGCGGCAUCCGACCACACGUGUGGUGCGGUCCCUCCUGGAGCUGCAGCGGCACCUGCAGGAGCUCGGUGUUCGACCGACGCGCUUGGACCGAGGUCACAAAGAAGCGGUCAAGUACGUCUUGAAGAAGGCUCAGUUGCCUGGUCCUUCUGAGAAAGGUCAAUGUUGUUCCCUUCCACGCUGACCUCCGGGCUCCAAAAAGCAACCUCCAAGAGGGUGGGACAGUCCGAUGACCCGGAAGAGCGCCGGUGGGUGUGAAGAUGUUCUGUGGUGCAGGUCUGAGAAAAAACGACCCAAGGUCUUCCAACGCUUCUGGAAUUCGUUUCUUCACCGAGGAGGAAGCAGAUGCCAUCGUUCAGAUCCCCACUGAACCGCCCUGGUUAGCUCUAUUGGGCUUAGUGGCCUUGCUUUGGACCCUCCACGCCACGCCGCGCCGCCGUUGGGAGCGGCGCCUCUGCACCGCUGCCCUGCUGGCCUUGAGCCUCCAGCAGCUGCGGAACGCCUGGCGCGCGCGGAAGUGCGCGGGGGAAUUGUUGGGUGGAGCGGACGUUUGGGUCUUGCAGAGGAACGUCACCCCCUACCUCCACGAGGGCCGCAAGUUCCACUUGCGAGCGUUGCUGCUUUGCGUGGGCGAUUUGACGGCUUAUCUCCAUGAAGAGGUGCGCGUUCUCCUGGCCACCCAGCCUUACAAUGACCAGGAUGGCAAUCGUGAAGCGGUGCAUGUGACGAACAUGGGGGUGAACCAGGAAGUCACAGGAUAUUCGGAAUCCAAGCAGAACAUGUCCCUGGAUGAGCUGGGCGAGGUGUCCUCCGAGAUCUUCCAGCAGCUGUGCGAGGUCCUGACGCGAACCUUGAACAACCUUCGCACCACGGGGCGGAGGCAUUUCUUCACGCUGCCCAAUUGCUGGGAGCUCUUUGGUGUGGACUUCUUGGUGAACUCUGCCAGGGAAGUCUUGCUUUUGGAAGUGAACCCUUCUCCAUCCUUGGCGAUGUAUCGCGGCUCCUAUGGUGAUCUCCUAGGAGUUGAAUCGCCCUUGCAAGAGCCCUUGCCCAGCCAGUGGCGGCGACUGCCUUUGAUGGUCGCCAGCUCCUUAGAAGAUUUGGAACGAUCCCAGUCUCCAUCCUCUGAGGGAACGCAUGCGCGAUUUCAUGCGACGUAAGGGCUUGAGGGGCAGACGAGGCAGAUCAGAUAUGAUCAGA